UGGGUGCCGACACCUGCCUCCUGGGGCUGUUGUGAGCCCACGUGCAGAGUGCAGAGCGGGCCUGGCACCCAGUGAGCUCUGCCGGUCGUCGCCGUGUCGGGAAAAGCAACUGUGCAGAUGGCAGUGAGCCUUUGUACGGGCUCACUACGUACCAGGCGCUGCUACGGUGCUUCAUCUUCCUGCCAGCCCUGUGGCGGAGCCCACUACCAUCGCCCCUCCUCCAGACGGGCGACUGAAGCACCGAGUGGUGACGGAACUUGCUAGCAGGUCAGACGGCCAGCGAGCAGCACAUGUGGGCCCAGACUGUGUAAAAUGAGGAGGCCCGGGGGCUCCCACCCACCCCAGUGUGCCCAGAACCUGUGGCUUUGGACAGGACAGGACUUUGGGCAGCUCUGGCCUCUGCCUUCCAGGUUCCUGUCCCUGGAGCCCUGUCCGGGCACAGCAUGGGCUUGGACGGAGGGCCGGUGGCAGGGGCCAGUGGCUGGCGGCCAGGCUCCCUGCACGGCACGCUCCCCAGGAGGAUGCCCUGCUCUCACUCUGCCAAGACGCUGCAGAAAUCUCUUCCUGGGCACUUCCAAAGAGCCCAGCUGCCAGAUUUCUGCCUGGACAGCAUCGAGCUUGCUUCUGUCACAAGGGAGGACCAGGUCCCCUGACCCCAAGGGACUGUGGAGAGGAGGGGGGCUUGCAGGGACUGGAGAGAGAUGACUCAAGGGGCUUCUGUGGAAUGUCCUGAGCAGGGCCUGGCCCAGGACCACGAGAAUGCAGACUGCUUUCUCGGCUUCCUUCUCUGCGAGCAAACCCAGGCUGGCCCCCAGGAAAGGGACCUCCACCUCGGGCUCUGGCUAGCGGCACUUUUUCACAGAACAGUCUUGCUCUUUCUUAGACCAGGACUGGGAUAGAGCCAGGGAAAUUCAAUAGGCACUAAGACUAUUACUGAGCUGCCAGACAGCAGCGGCCAGAGGCCCCCGCCGUGUGGCAUUCAGGCAGCCUUCGUGCGCUUCCCAGACAGCCCCUCCUCGGGGCUCAGGGACCUGUCUGGCUGCGGAGCUCCCAGGAGGCGAGGGGUGUGACCUUCCCCCUCCUCACCCAGACCCAGGCCCAGCCCAGGGCUGCUAUAAAGCUGGCCCAGCCUGGCUCUCAGCACACCCACCUGGGACCCUCCCGGACCCUCCUCAGGGGACACACUGCUCUGCUCCUCCUCCUGAGUGGCACCAUGAGGUCCCUGUGGCUCUGCUGGGUGCUCUGGGUGCUGCCCCUGGCGGGCCCCGGGGUGGCCAUGACCGAGGAGCGUAUCCUGAGCAGCCUGCUGCAGCAGCUGCACCUCCAAGAGGUGCCCGUCCUGGAUGAGAGCGACACAAAGGAGCUGGUCACCCCUGCCCAUGUGAGGGCCCAGUACGUGGCCCUGCUGAGGCGCAGUCAUGGGGCCCCCUCCCGAGGGAAGAGGUUCAGCCAGAACUUCCGAGAGGUAGCUGGCAGGUUCCUGGUGUCCGAGGCCUCCACACGCCUGCUGGUGUUCAGCAUGGAGCAGCGGCUGCCCCCUAACAGCGAGCUGGUGCAGGCGGUGCUGCGCCUCUUCCAGGAGCCGGUCCCCGAGUCCGCGCUCCGCACGCAUGCGCUGCUCUCUCCGCGCAGCGACCGAGCCCGGGUCACUGUCCAGUGGCUGCAGGUCCGGGAUGAUGGCUCCAACCGCACGUUCCUCAUCGACUCCAGACCCGUGUCCAUCCGUGAGAGCGGCUGGAAAACCUUCGACGUGACCGAAGCCGUGAACUUCUGGCAGCAGCUGAGCCGGCCCCGGGAGCCCCUGCUACUGCAGGUGUUGGUGCAGAGGGAGCACCCGGGCGGGCUGGCCUCCAGCGCCCACAGGCUGGUCCGCUUCGCCUCCCAGGGCCCAUCGGGCACCCGGCAGGGCGAGCCGCAGCUGGAGCUGCACACCCUGGACCUCGGGGAGUUCGGAGCUCAGGGCAACUGCGACCCCGAGGCGCCCGUGAGCCAGGGCACCCGCUGCUGCCGCCAGGAGAUGUACAUCGACCUGCAGGGGAUGAAGUGGGCUGAGAACUGGGUCCUGGAGCCCCCGGGCUUCCUGGCCUACGAGUGCGUGGGCACCUGCCGGCAGCCCCCGGAGGCCCUGACCUCCAAGUGGCCGCUUCUGGGGCCCAGAGAGUGCAUCGCCUCAGAGACGGCCUCGCUGCCUGUGAUCGUCAGCAUGGAGGAAGGAGGCCGGCGCCGGCCCCAGGUGGUCAGCCUGCCCAACAUGAGGGUGCAGAGGUGCAGCUGUGCCUCGGACGGGGCGCCUGUGCCCCGGAAGCUGGAGCCGUAGGCGCCGGGCAGGGCCACCGAAGCCUCUGACUAAACACGUGCACCAAAGCAGGUCUUAGUGUAGGUUGUAGUUUUCCACUUAGCAAGUUUCCCCUGCCCCAACUAGGGCCCGUAUUUUACCUUCCUGAGGGUUUCUCCAUUUCUUCCCUUCUGUCCAUCACCCUAAGCACUUACAUGAGUGACUAAUGCCCCUCGGGGUUGCUGAGUUGAAAUCCUGGUGUACUUGUUAGCUGGUGUAGCUGAACAUGGAUAGAUUGUGUGCUGGGAGCUUCUGUUCUCUGGCAAAUUCUCAGUUGAGUCGGGGACAACAUGCCCCAUCAUAAGGGCUGAGGAGAUCAAACUCAUUUACUCUACUACAUAAUGAAUGAAAACAAACCCCCCAAACCCCUCUGUUUCCUCUCAAUAGGGAGGGUGUCCAGAAAUGAAGCCCCGUCUCCCACCUGUUGUCUCAGUUCGGACCCUGAGAGGGUGCUGAGGGAAGAGGCAUGGCUUGAGGCCAGGGCCAGGGGCCAGGGAAUCAGCACAGCUGGUUCCCCAAUCUACCAGGGUGACAAGCUGUGACCUCAUGCAAACAAAGAAGCCUUUGAGCCACCACCCUGUCCUUGUGAAAAGGAGGAGCUGGGUCUCAGCUCUAAGAGGUAGUUGCGAUAGGGAUCAGACAGCCCUAACCUCACCCUCUCCCGGCUCCGAGGCCGAACACUUCCCCGGGCAUAUUUAGCUACCUCUCCCCCUGCUUUAGAGAACGGGUCACCAGUUAAUACCCGUAUUUAGCUACCAUGUAUUUAGUUUUUUUAUUAUUAUUUAGCAAAAAACCCCCACCCCAGCUGAGUGUAGAUAAUCUGCUGGAAUAAAAGUGGUCUCACUCUUG